AUGCCUCCAACUUCGACUGCACAGGUGAUCGGAACAAAUGACUCGUGCACAGUUUCGAAAGCUUCGAUGGCAGCACAUGGAUAUUCUGAUGAUCCGUGCGUGCAGUUCUUCGUUAGCAAACCCUCAAGACGAGCGCCGCUGAUACAUCUUGGAUAUUUUGCUCGGAUGAAAGCGUUGGAGCAAUGUAUUAUCAAGUGCCUACAAGUUGUUCGUCAGCAUUUCCAGUGGUUGGCGCAGAAUCUACGUGAUUCCGCGUUCAUUUUAUAUGAACAAAUACGUCCUGAUGACGGUUUCGGACAAGUGAUGAUGAAUCACUUUUCGUCCCUAGGAAGCCCAUUGCUGAAUGUUGCGCAUUAUCCCGAUAUCGACAGCCAGCAACGUCGUUUUAAGGAUGUUGGCUGGAACACUGUUGUCGCUUGUGACUUGAGCACAUAUUGGGACCAAUGUGUUUCUUUGAAUGAUAAAACUCGGAUCGGUGCGCUGGAACCGUUUGACGAAUUCGAAGAAUUUUGGCUUAAAUGCAUGCAUUAUAUUCUUGUCUCUGCUGGCUGUGGAGAACUCGGAACUGCGAUGGCUCUGAAUGCGUUUGCGGAUAGUCCUGAAGAAUCAUCAAUUCCUGUUGAAAAAAUUUUCCUUGUUCUUGAGGAAAAAAGAGAUCUCGUCUUAUCAAGAUUCAGCCAUUGUGCUGCCCAAGUUCGUGAAAAGGUGUUCUUCUUCGGUGGUUUCGGUUUGGGACCCGGUGAUCGUCACAGUCGCCUCGAUUCCUUCGGCAUUUUGAAUACUGAGACGUUCAGAGUUGAACCUUGCAACGUGAUUUGGAAGGAUCCGAAGGUUGCUCGUUUGUCAGCGCGAAUGGUGGCAGUUCCACUUGAACAAUCGCUGAUAAUAAUUGGUGGUCGGCGUUCGCCGUCGCAACUCUUUCCAGAGGUUUUGAGACUGCGCUGGGAAAACAACGAAACGAUUUGUGAAGUUGUCUCAGUUAAUCCGCUCGCCGAAAGAUGGCGACACGUCGCCUGCUGGAUUUUUCUUAGUGAUGCGGUGCAAGGAAUAUUUGUUCACGGUGGCAAAAAUUCAGACCAGUUGUUCGGAGACACUUGGCUGCUUACGAAUGAUUUCCAAAGCUGGAAAUCCUUGAAUGUCGAAGUUGGGCAGCGGCCAUGUGCCAGACAUUCUCACUCAGUUUGCUGUGACGACGGUGUUAACUUUUCAAGCGUAUUCAUUUCCGGAGGAAUCGGUGAGGAUCAUCACAUCCUCUCCGAUGUGUGGAAGUUCAGUGGCUUUGAUAAAACUUGGAAAAUUUUGAAUAUUCACGGUUUGCAAGAAAGAAUCGCGAGAAGUGCUGUUAUAAUGACGAGUGCACGCGAUCGCGCCGUGUUGAAUACAAUUUUCAAUCCUCUUCUGCCCGUUGGGGAAUUGGAUGAAGCCGACCUUGUCCUUAAAGAUGUGCAAGAUGAAAGCGAAGCAUUUGGAAGUGCAAAUGCUUUAGAAGUGGAAGGCAUUUUGGCUGCCGAAAAUGGAAAUCUUGAAAAAGGAUUGGAGUGUUUCGAGAAGGCAAUUUUAUUGGCCCCCGAACAUCCAGCAGCGUACAAUAACAGAGCUCAAGUUUUUCAACUUCUUGGAAGAACCGAUGAGGCUCUUCGAGAUUUGAACAAGGCCAUCGAAUUGAGCCGAGGCGAAGGUCGAUCUGGAUGUCAGGCAUUGACACAACGUGGUUGUAUCAUGAGGAAACUUGGUCGUGACGAGGAUGCAAGAUCCGAUUUUGAAGCAGCUGCCUGUCUGGGAAAUCCUUUUGCCAAAACACAGAUGGUGCAGCUGAAUCCGUACGCUGCUUUGUGCAACAAGAUGCUCUCAGAGGCGAUGUUCAAGCUUCGAGAUCCUUUCGACGAUGCCCAAGAAAACCCUUCAGCUUAAAACUCAGUCGUGGAUAUGAACUCAGAUUUUCACGCAUAGCGAUGAGAAGAGAAAAAUGCACGGGUUGCUACCGCAUUAGUUGCUCCCAAGAAUCUCCAUGAUUAAGAGCAUUCCAUUUGUAUGAUGUACUGUAGUUUCCUGAAUUAGUGAGCUUUACAUUGUGGUGACGGAAUCGUGUGCCUUUAUUGCAUUCUGGGGAUUACAUGUAUUGUACCGUACAUUUCCGUAUUUGUGCCGCGCUCGAAAAAAAUGAAAACCUGUGUCUUCUUCGUUA